AUGAGGGGUCCAGUGUCCUUAGAAAAAGACUGGUACAUUAAUAAUCUAUAUGAGGGAAAAAAGAUGGCGGGUAAGGGUAUUCUUCAUUUUGAUGGUGCUUCAAAAGGGAACCCAGGAAAAGCAGGUGCUGGAGCUGUGCUUAUGACUGAAGAUGGUAGAGUGGUAUCUCGGAUUCAUGAGGGUCUUGGUGUCGCUACUAAUAAUGUUGCUGAGUAUCGGGGCCUGACCUUAGGACUAAAACAAGCGAUUGAUCAUGGAUUCAAGAGUAUUAAAGUACAUGGGGACUCUCAACUUGUCUGCAAUAAGGUGAAUGGUGUCUGGCAAACGAAGAACCAGAACAUGAAGGAGCUGUGCAAUGAAGUGAGACAGCUAAAAGAGAACUUUAACUCCUUUGAGAUCAGCCAUGUUCGACGGGAGUCGAAUGCUGAGGCGGAUCACCAGACGAACAUCGGUGGCUCCGUGUCUGAGGAGCGUGGUGACAUCUGA